AUGACAGUUACCACAGCUAUUCGUCAUAGCGAGGAAACAUCAUCCAAGACCCCCGAAAUACGACUGCGAAACAUCCUCCUUAUUGGCAGCGGUGGCGUCGGAACCAUAGCCUCCCUUGUGCUGGAGAAAUCCCGUUGCGCAAGGGUAACCGCAAUUCUAAGGAGCCGUUAUGCUGUCGUUAAGGAAAAGGGUUGGAAUAUCGAGUCCGUCGACCAUGGUACUCUGAAGGGAUGGAGGCCGAGUCGUGAGAACGGUAAGAGUGACGAAGUGGUACCGAGCGUCGAAAGUGCUCUGGAGGCUGAGACGGAACCUUUCGAUUACGUUGUGGUCACCACCAAACAACUACCUGAUGUCUUCUCAGUCUCAGACCUUAUUAUAAGGCCAGCUGUAACUCUAGGCCUUACUACAGUAAUGCUCAUCCAAAAUGGCAUCAACAUUGAGGUUCCCGUCAUCGAAGCAUUCCCUACGAACACGGUGAUGUCGUCCAUCACGAUGAUUGGCCCUCGCACUGAAGGGGAGAACACGAUCAUCCAACUAGGCCCGAAUAUACAAAUUAUGGGACCUCAUUUUCAUACUGGGUUAGAGAGAUGCGUUCAGACACAACAGGCACGAGAAUUUGUUAAUAUAUACAAGGCCGGCAGAGAAGGUGAAGAGGCCAAAUGCACAUAUUCAGAAGAGAUGCCCGUUGCUCGGUGGCAGAAACUUCUCUGGAACGCAACAUUCAAUACGCUCUGCACGCUAAUGCGAAUGGACGUUGGAGAACUGCUGUCGUCGGGGGGUAGGGAAUCGCUUCUGAUUCCGGCAAUGUGGGAAGUAUAUUCCAUAGCGAAGGUAGCAAGGGCCCCUCCAUCCCAAGAUAUGAUUCCCUUCUAUGCCUAUCAGCAGCCUGAUGACUGUCGGUAUCGCCCAGCAUGUUACUGGACCUCGAGAAUGGAAGGCCAAUGGAGUUGGAGGUUUUGCUCGGGCUGCCGUUACAGAUUGCUAAAGCGUUGGGUGUCUCAACUCCGAUUCUGA